ACAUUCAGGAGUUAAUGAACUCAGCAUGAGGUAGAAGGAACAUUGUUCUGUUUCCUUAAAUAUAAAAAUACUUCAACUCCUUCCAAGGUGUCUCCAGCUAUUGCAGAAAAAAUUAAAUGAACUUAAGUGGACGCAGCUCUCGCAGCCUAAUAUGGAUAUUAAAAAGUCACUGUUUUCCACCUGAAAACCUCCUUUUGUGGGGGUUGACGUUGAACGCUCGUGGGGAAAUGUGCGUCUUUAAGUUUUUUCUUUUGGGGGGUGGAGGAAUUAAAAGCAGAAGACGUGGUAGGCAUAUGCUGAAAUCCGUGGAUGAUGUUCAAGUUUGACCAGCGUUGUAACUGGAGAAUAUCCUCCUGUUUCCUGCGUGGGAAGGCGGACCCAAGCAAAGGUUUUGCGCUGGAGGGUUUCUGCUCAUAGAUGAGAAAGGGGGCUGCAUAUGUGGAUAUGGAUUGCAGAGCUGUAGCAGUUUUUUUAGUUGGUGUUCACCUUUCUUUCAUUCUGGGAUAUGAAGGAUCGGGGUACUGGUCCAAUGGAGACGACGAGGAUUCUUACGCACGUAGAUACAAAGGAACCCCAUGGUGCGCCCCCAUAAAGGUUAAGCACGGGUAUGUGAGCUGUCGCACGCCACGGGGGGAGCACUACUUGAACGUGAUGGGUGCCCGCUGUACCAUCCGCUGCAAGAAGGGCUAUGAGACGUACGGCUCCAGCGAGGUGCUCUGCUUGGCCAGCAAGCGCUGGUCUGCCAGCUAUGCUUGCCGAGAGAUUCGGUGCCCAAAGCUGGACAUGCCAGCCAAUGGAGGAUACAAGUGUUCCGACGGCUCCUACUUUAACUCCAGGUGUGAGUUCUUCUGCUCUCCGGGCUACACGCUGAAGGGGGAACGUUUCGUCACCUGCCUGAGCAGCAAGACCUGGAGUGGAGGACAGAGCACCUGCCUGGACAUCGAACCCCCCAAGAUCAAGUGUCCCAGCAUCAGGGACAAGACGGCAGAUCCUGGGAAGCUGACGGUGCGGGUGACUUGGGACACACCAGAGGGGAAGGACACGGCUGAUGGCAUCCUGACGGACGUGAUUCUGAAAGGAAAUCCACCUGGCACCCACUUCCCCGAGGGGGACCACAAGAUGUCGUAUACGGUGUAUGACCGCGCGGGAAACAAGGCCUCCUGCAAAUUCUCAGUGCGGGUUCGAGUGCGCCGCUGUGGUCCGCUGACCCCGCCCGAGAACGGCUACAUGAAGUGUGACAGUGACAUGGACAACUUUGGUGCCACCUGCAUGUUCUCCUGCAUGGGCGGGUUCGAGCUGCAGGGCAGCAGCGCCCGCGUGUGCCAGUCCAGCCUGACGUGGGCCGGCGCUGAGACGACGUGCUUACCCAUGAACAUCAACGUGGGUGUCCGCUCCGCAGCAGCCCUGCUCGACCAGUUCUACGAGAAGAGGAGGGUGCUCAUCGUGUCUGCCCCCACUGCCGCCAACCACUACUACCGCUUCCAGAUGGACAAUCUGCAGCACGCCCAGUGCGGCCUGGACCUCCGGCACAUCACGGUGAUAGAGCUGCUCGGCACAUACUCGGCGCAGAUCGGCCGCAUCCGACACAGAAUCAUCCCGCCCGCUCUGGCCCUACAGCUCAGGCUGCUGCUGCAAAUCUCCCAGAGCAGCUACAACAUGGUGCUGCUGGACAAACAGGGUGUAGACAAGAUGCGCUACACCUUUCCCAUCACGGCCGCCGAGCUGUUCACCACCAUCGACACCUUCCCGCUGCGCAAGGACGAGAUGCUGCUGCAGCAGCAAGCUGGCCAGAGCUGCCAAUCCUAACCCUCCUGGCCAUGUUUCUCCCGCCUCUGCCCCUCUCCGAUUGGCUGGACCACUGUGGGGGUGUGGCUAGGAAGCCUAUGUCCUACCAUCCUCCUCCAAUAACAGAGACCAGUAAUGAAGUGACCACAGAUUUAGAGGACCGGCUUGGAGGUGCGGUGUAAACUUGCAGCUUGCAGUGUCCUUUACACGGGACCUAGCAGAGUCACUGCCAUUUGCCUACCUUCGUCCUUGUCCCCACCACGUCGCAUGGCAAUUAACAUUCGCACCAAAGGCAUUCUGGGUACUCAGUAUGCAUGACUUUUGGAAUUGUUUUGUGUGCCUCGUAUUCAUUUGGGGGUUUUUUAUUACGAUGGAAUACGGUUUUUACCUAUUACAGUUCUCUGAAAUUCCAUGCUAAAGUCAUCCACGUGAUUAAUAUUUAUGUUUUUACAAUCACAAAUCUUAGAUAUUAUGAAUUUGCCGCUGGAUUUGCGGCUCUGGCUUCUACUGGUGCAGAGGCGUUUCUGUGACAUCAAGAAAUAAAGUAUCAGUGCUCAGUG